AUGGCGGAGUCGCAGCCGCUGCUGAGUGGCCCGAGCUCGGUGCCAGCUGGUCCGACGUACACGCACUCGCUCUACCCGAUCGUCAAUGACCCUUUCAGUGCCGAGAACAGACUAGAAGCAAGACGACGGGCUCGGUCGAGGUUCCUCAAGAGCUUGCUCGCCGGUCUGGCUGUCUGGGCAGUCACCGCCGUCAUCAUAUCUGUCUUGAGCUUUGGUGAGAGAGAUUGGUGGGACAGAAGGCAUCAGAGAGAGAACCUGCCGGACGAGGCGCCCAGUCCGCCGAGAGCAGACGGCCAUGCUGUCAAGUGCAACGGCUGGGGCGAUGAGCUAUCGGAUAGCUACCAUCUCCCGGACGGCUACUACGCCCGGGUAGCUCGCUUCGAGCUCAGCGUCAAGCCGGACGACCUCAUCUUCCUCAAGGGCACGGGUGCAUUCUCCAAUGGCGCAGUCGACUUUGCGCUCGACGAUGAUCUGUCGGUCGAUCACGUCACAGUCAAGGUGGAAGCGCAGUACAACGACCCGAGAUUGCUCAAGCUUGCCAAUGUCUGUCAGAUGACGAAGCGCUCGUCGGAUGAGGACUAUGUCCACGGUCGCGAGAGUGGCAUCGGGCUCUAUACGCCUUUGCUCGACUCUGACUUUCCAGGCGAGCAGCUCUGGUUCAGGGUCCACUAUCGGCUCUCUCCCAGGCUGGCCAGUCUUGCCGGGCUCGUCGUUUCUGCUCCAGUCAUGCGGAUCACAGGCGACCUCCCUACUUUGCUCUUUGACCGCGUAGAUCUGCAGUCCAACGAUGCCAAUAUCGACUGGGCCCGUCUCAACGGUCACUCAGUACGACUGCUGAGUAGCAAUGGGGCACUCAGAGGUGACUACAACGUCUCGCAGAGCCUCAGCCUGCGCACCACAAACGGCGCAAUCGAUGUAGCCGUCUCUCUUUUCCCUGUGCGGAAGCUCCACAAAAGGCUGCCCGGGCCGCCACCGACGAUAGAGAGCUCCACUGAUCUCUCUUCCACCGUCAUUGCCACUACAACCAACGGCAUGAUCGAUCUGCGUUACAUCGCUCAUCCUGUAGGCCAAGAGCUCCACUCACUCGUCUCGUCUACCAAUGGCAAAGCCAGCGUGUCCCAUCGGCCCACAUUCGAGGGCGACUUUGAGCUCUCGACCUCCUGGGGCUCUGCUGUGCUCUCCGGUCCGGACAGUCAGUCUGAUCCCUCGGGCGACAAGCGAGAGCGCGUACUCGAUGUAAGAAGGCGAGACACCGGCAUCUCGAGCAGCAUCAUCACCGGCUCAGUCUAUUGGUCAGAUCAUGACGCACACAGAGAUCGCAAUGCGAGGGACAGAGGCGACACGAAAGUGAAGACCUCGCUCGGCGCAGCUUCACUCCAUUUCCAAUGA